AAGCGAUGAGUUUCUGCUAUGGCGAGGCGCCUGCUUUUCAAAAGGGCGGGGUCACCUCCCGCGGUCGCCCCGCCCGGCGCCCUGCGGCCCCGCCCGUUCUGCUCGCUCUGCCCGUGGGGCGGGGCGCGGCGCUGCCCCUCGUGCGGGCGGCGGUGCGUGCGGCGGGGGGCACCAUGGGCAGCAAGAUGGCGGCGGCCGCUCGGGUCGUGCAGGUAGUGAAGCCACAUACUCCGCUGAUUAAGUUCCCGGACAGAAAAAGCGGUCCCAGGCCUAAAAUACAGGAAUCUCUACAAGCAAGUGUUCCAUCACCUCAUGCUUCAAAUGCACAGGAGUCCAUAGGAGGGAGACCACUGGCCUUUCAAAAUAUUUCACCUGUUAGUAGGGCACAAGGUGCACCAGACACUUCUGAAUUAGCAAGAAUCUUACCUCAAAAGUACAGAAGGAAACUUAUGUCAGUUGAAGAGAUUGAAUAUAUUCAACGUGGAGGUCCAGAAUAAGUACAGAAGAUAAUUUGCUCACCACUGUUGAAGAAAGAAGUAUGGUGUUCCAUCAUAUAAGCUUUUCCUUAAUAUUAUAAAUAAUAGUAUACUGAUAGUUUUAAUAAAAACCCUACACAAAGGUGUAAAGGUUGGCACAAUGCUAUUAAUUGGUGAUGAGAGAUUUUCUGUUGAUAACUAAUAGCAAUUGAUGGCUACAUCGGUAGAAUAUUUUUCUAAUUAGCCAUUCUAUGAAUCUGGCAAUAGAACAAACUGAGUUGCUUUAUUUUCCUUGUUAACAGGUCUUCUCAGGGCUGGCUUCACAGGCACAGUCAGAGACUCAUAGAAUGGCUUUAUUUGGCUGGAACCUUAAAGACCAUCUAUUUCCAACCCCAUGCUGAGGGCAGGGUUGUCACCCAUUAGAUUAGGCUGCCCAGGGCCCCAUCUAGUCUGGCCUUGAAUACGUCCAAAAAUUGGGGUGUUACACCUUCUCUGGAGGAACUCUUCCAGUGCCUUGCCUCCCCCCCUCCCAGGGAAAGAAUUUAUCCCUACUAUCUAAUCUGAAUAUCCCCUCUUUUAGUUUAGAACCAUUUCCUGUCAUCAUCAGACUGUGUAAAAAGUCCUACUCUAUCCUGUUUGUAAUAAGCUCCCUUUAAAUAUUGGACAGCCACAAUGGAGUCUCCCUGGAGCCAUUUCCCGGCUGAACAAGCCCAAUUGUCUCAGCCUUUCCUCAUAGGAGAGGUCCUCUGAUCCUCCUCAUAAUGCACUACAGCUGUGCUGCAUCUUUUUGUGCUGGGGUCACCCGGCAUGAAUACAGUACUCCAGAUGGGGCCUCAGAAGGGCAAAGCAGAGGGAAACAAUCAAUCACCUCCCACAUCCUGCUGGCCGCCCUGCUUUUGAUCCAGACCAGGAUACAUUUGGCCUUCCAAGCAGCAAGAACACAUUGCUGGUUUGUGUCCAGCUUUUCAUCUACCAGAACCCUGAAGUCCUUCUCUGCAGGGCUGCUCCCUGAACUCUCAGCAAAUUUUUCUCCUUAUCUGUGCACAUAUCAGUGCAAUGUUUUGUUGAAUCUCAUUAGGUUCACAUGAGCCUACUUCUUAAGCCUGUCCAGGUCCUGUUGGAUGAUAUCUGUUCUGUCGUAUGAACAGCACCACUCAGCAUGGUAUUGUCUGCAAAUUUGCAGAGGAUGUAAUCAAUCUGUCAAUUAAUUAUGUCAUUAAUAAAUCUGUUAAAGAGCA